UACAAAGUUGUCUAAGCAUAACCUGUUUACUUGUUAGCAAUUUUUUUUUUUAAACUUUAGUGACUUGGUCAGACAGGUUCCUUCAGCUGGCUUUGUGCUCCUUGUUGGCCACGCAAGAAAUAAGGCAUGUCUUGGCAAACCCAAGAAUGGGAAGAAGACAAUGAGGUGCUGCUGGGAGAUGUCGCGUUCAUCUUGGACUUGUGCAAGGAGCUGUCCAAUGUGGUGGCGAGGCCCAGCUCCCACAGGGCUGGCUUUCUGCAGAUCUACAAGCAGGUGAGCCUUUUGGAAAAGAUGGCGCUGGCAAUCAAGCGGCGGCCCGAGAUGGCCACGCCCCAAAUCCGGACGGCCCUCGUGGACGUGGGGCGUUGUCUGUCCAAUGCCAGGGACUUCACAAGCAAAGUUUCCACAGCCAAUUUUGUGCUGGGCUUCCUCAAGACCAGCUCGGAUGGGUUCAAGCUCCAGGAAAUCAGCUGGAAGCUGAGUGAGGCCGUGCAGGAGCUGUCGGCGGCGCUGGAGAGCAGCAACCUCCGGUCCUCCGGGUUGCGCGGCAAAGAAAGCGCCGAUGUCGGGUGGGUUGCGUUCACCUCGGCCGCGUCGUCGCGUCGCUCCGUCCCCGUGUUCCGCCACGCCGUGGCGGUGCGUCCCCCUCUGAUGGUUCUGGAGCGGCCCCCCGUUAGCAUGGUGCGCUCCACCGUCAUCAGCUCCAACCGUCCCCCCACUCGGGUUACCCUCAACCUGGCACGACGUUACGCCUCGAUGCCGACGGUGUUCUUGAGGAGUGGCUCCUUAGCACCACACGGGUGUACCUUUGACCCGCACUAUUUGUAAUGUGCUGGUCCUCAACUUAUUUUUUUUUCUCUCCUCCCUGUGGAAGUCCAAGGCCGAUGCGUGCGCCCCCCUUCUGCUGCAUCCUCUUCCAAGUGUGUUUAGGCUCACCAGCUGCAAAUCUUCUCACCUCCACCCUUCUCUUUGUCUGGAGCAAAGUCUUUUUGAUGAUGCAAUUAAGUCCUUAAGAGACAAAAGGUGAUCACGGGUUUUUGUGUUGGGGCGAGUCUGAUUUGGCACAUUUGGAAUUGGGCAUUGGACGCGUGCCAUGCUGGGUGCUUUCUUUGACAAUCCGUUUGGUGACUCACUUUUGUGUCACUCUUUUGUGCUCUUUACUGUUUUGAUGUUCUUCCUUUUCUCAGUCUUUGCUGUUGCGAAAAUAGGAUCCGAGUGGGCAUCUCUGUGCGGGGCCAACAUUGCAUCUGGUGUGUCUUUGAGGUUGUUGCAUUUUGUUCAACAUGUCCGUCGUUGAGCAAGGAAAACAAAGAUUGGUUCUUUAUUUGUUUGGCUGAGCCAGUGUGUCUGUGAGGCUUCCUCCUUCAAACAUCUUUCUUGUGUUUUUGAGUUGCAAACGUGUCUUUCAUUUGAAAGGUGUUGAUGUGUACAGAUAAAAUGUCUGAAGCACUUCAUUUUUGGAAUCUCUUGACGGUGUGUCUUUGAUUUCUAUGACUGUAAGCCUGGGGAAUCAACAUUGGGAAACAAAAUUGGCGCUUUUUGUGACAUUUCAUCACGCAAGGUCAUAUAUUGCUUAUUAUCGGGAAACGUGCACAAUAGCGGCUGAUUUGUAGAAGCAUUCUUUGACACCUCCAACAUGGUGACUGAAAAUCCUGCCUUUAGACAACAUAGCUCGCUAAGCGACUCAUCUCGCUUCGUAGCGGCGCAAGCGAUCUUUGUUGAUGACGUAACCGGAAAUACGCGGCAAAGGAGCCCGGGAGAAUCUCACAAGCGUUUGAGUGUGGCCACUUUGAUCGCUUUUGCCUUGGACUCUGGGGCGCUCCAGAGUCCGCUCCGACCACCAGCGACUCCCGCGGGCCGUGAGCUGGACGGCCCCGGCGAACGUCGACUUCUGCACCGGAGGUACCACGGAGCGCGUUGCGGUUCCGUGGCAGGGGCGCAUGUUGCAGCAGGAAGACAGACAGCAUGCAUGACACAGGACCCCCGAGGACCACGAUUGAAGAGUCCUCGUCUAAUUGAAACGCUUGCUUGCUUGUUUGUUUGUUUGUUUUGAAUCCAAUUCGAGUAGCGAGUCUGCACUGGCCGUGUGAGACUGGAUUCAACUGUGUCGUCAUCAGAUAGAAGCAAUGGAGUUAGAUCCCCUCCAGCCCAGCGCCGCCGCCGCCGGCGCUCCCUCCAUCAUGUCCGACUCUGCCAGCAGCACGGAAGUGGACGAGGAAGACGACGCGGGCGGCGAGGGGGAGGCCCGAGUGGCGGUCCCCCUCACACUUCCAGCCACCUGGGCCUUCAGUCAGAGGAGGGCGGGCCAAGGGAGCGCCGCUACACAGUCCUCGCCCGUGCGGAGGCGGCUUCGGCACGCCAUCCGAGUGCACUACUCCAGCCGGACGGCCACGCCCCCUCGAGGCUUCCCCAACUUUGUGCUGCGAGCACCCGCCGCCGCCCAGCCGUCCAGCAGCACCGAGGCGAGCGAGUCUGAUGAAGAAGAGCCCGCCGGGGUGGCCCCGGCCCCUCCAGCUCACCCGCGUCUCGACGGCCCUGGUGAGAAUGCGGCCCCCGAUGCCGCCGCAGACGGCCCAAGAGAAGGAGGAGACGACGGAGCUCCCGCAGCACAGCCGCCCCCCGCCGUUCCAACGUUCCAAAGCGAGGAGGGCGACGGCAACACGUGCAGCAUCUGCUUUGAGGCCUGGACGGCGGUGGGCGACCACCGCGUGGCCGCCCUGCGCUGCGGGCAUCUCUUCGGCUUCACCUGCAUCCAGAGGUGGUUGGCCUCGCAGCGCGCCGCCGCCAAAUGUCCGCAGUGCAACAAGAAGGCCAAGCGCUCGGAUAUCGUGAUGCUCUACACGCCCAAGUUGAAAGCCGUGGACAACAGCCACCACGAGAGCCUCAAGAGGGCACUUGAACAGGAGCAGUCUCUACGGAGGAAGGCCGAGUUCGAAUCGGCCCACUGCAAACUCAGGCUUCAGAUGAUCACCAGCAAGUACGGUCAAGCUCAACAGGAGCUGCAGGAGAUCCGAAGUCAGAUGGCUCAAGGCGGUGGCGCCGCCUCUGCCGCCGUCCCCGGCUCGUCCUCGUCCAGCUCCCACCUGACGGCGCCGUACGAAUACUACUCGGCCGUGGUGGUGUCCUCCAACGGAGGCUGUCGAGUUCUGGCCCACUGCGAAUCGCUCAACUGCCUGCUGGUCUCGCAGCCCUCGGCGAGCGCCGUGCUCCUGCCCGGCUGGGGCGUGAAGAAGGUGAGCCUGCACAACUCCAGGCACAGCCAGUACGUUCCCAUCCACAGCGCGCACAUCCGAGCCUUGAGCUUCAACCGGCAGAACGGCGGGAUGCUGCUGUCCGCCUCACUGGACAGCACCCUCAAGAUCACCAGCAUGCAGAGCAACGCGGUGGUGCAGACGUACAACGCGGGCAAGCCGGUGUGGAGCUGCUGCUGGUGCUUGGACAAGCCCAAUUACGUCUACGCGGGCCUCAACAACGGCUCGGUACUGCUCUACGACAUCAGAGACACCAGCACCCACGUGCAGGAGCUCCAGCCGCUGCGCUCUCGGGCCCCGGUGGUGUCGCUGUGCUACAUCCCCCGCGCGGCGUCCAACGCGUUCCCGUGCGGCGGGCUAAUCGCCGGCACGCUGGAGGGCGGCGUCUUCUGGGAGCAGCUGGACGAGAACACGUACAAGCCGCACAGUCUGCCGCUGGAGGCGGGAGUUUGCACCGGCAUCCAGGUGGAGACGGAGAGCCGACAUUGCCUGGUCACGUACCGAGCCGGCCGCCUCCACCCGAUGGUGCGCUGCGUCCUGAUGGCGCUGACCCGGACGCCGCAGCAGGACGCUGGCGAGCCGCCCGGCUGCUCCUGCUCCCCCGUGCAGACCUUCAGCGUAGGCCCGGCCUGCAAACUGCUCACCAAGAACGCCGUCUUUGUCGGCCCGCACGGAAGCGGAACGCUGGUGUGCGCCGGAAACGAGACCACCCAUUCCACCAUGGUGUGGGAGGCUUCCAGCGGCGCUCUUCUCCAGGUGAUUCCGUCCGACCUGCCCGUGCUGGACAUCUCGCCGUUUGCCGUCAACGGCGUGCACUUCCUGGGCACGCUGACGGAGAAGAUGCUCAAGUUCUACAAGUGGAAGUGAAAAGACUGGAUGAACGCUCGAUGGUGGCGCCGGGUAGAAUUUGUUCAUCAUGUUGAGUGUUCCAAGGCCCCUUUAGGCACGUUUGGAACAUUCUGUUGCAAGGGAGGAAGGUUUCGGCGUCUUUGAGCGCAAGCCUCGGAUGUUAGAGCGGCCUUGAACUCGAAGAACUUGAAGAGGCCGCCCGCGCUUGCGUCCGCCAAGAGUCCCAAUCGAGGCCAAAUAGGCUCACCAGCCUGAAAUGCUCCCUUUGUGACCCUACGAUGACCACCGCUGUUUUGUUUUCUACUCGUUAUUCCAUUUCUGUUUUUCAAGUGAAUAAAAACCAUCUUUUUUAGUCUGAA